GUGUUGUCUAAACAGCGUCUGCGAGAGGGCGUCUGCGAGAGGGCGCAGGAGCUUUAGCCAUGCGUGGCAGGGUCGCUGUUGGGAGACCCUAGAGGCGCUGCGCAGUUCGGACAAAGGUCGCCGCUGGUACGACUGCGACUUGCUGCUGUGGAGCGACGUGAGCGGUGGCGCUGGAGGGGGCGGUGGCCUUUCUGAUCCCUCGCCACGUACCCCUGUUGUUACAGAGCCCUGGGCGUGUCCUGCCCGGACCCGGAGAGGCUGAGGCGCCGGCAGGAGUUGAUGGAGAAGACGGUGCGAGCCUUCGCUGACAUGGCUUCUGAACAACUGAAGCAGUAUGAUGAGCGGAGGGAACUGAAGCGUCGUAAAGAACUCCAGGAUCUACGGGAAAUGAUGGAGAAGAGCUCCAGAGAAGUCCUGGCCCGCCACGAGAAGCUAAAAGCUGAGCAUCGUCACAGAGCAGAGAUUCUCAACCAGAAGCUGUGGGAGGCAGAGCAACAGCGCCUGAGGCGAGUGGAACAGGAGCGGCUGCAGAAGGAAGAAGGCCAGAUCCGCCUGCGGAGACUCUAUGCCCUGCAGGAGGAGAUGCUGCACCUCAUCCAGCAGCUGGGCGCCUCGGAGCAACAGCACAGAGACCUGAAGGGUGACCUUUCUGCCUUCCACACCCGAGGCAACCGGCUGUGUGGCCUCAUCUCGGGAAACAUCUGGGCCAAUUGUGAGAACGGCCUUCCCACAGCAGAGGACCAGGCUGUGGCCGAGAGGGCUCUGCAGGAAAUGCGGGACCUCCUUAUGAACUCGGAGCAGGAGAUCACCAGGGCCUGUGAGGACAAGAGGAGGCAGGAGGCGGAGGAGGCCCCGGUAAAGCAGCAGGAGUCCCAGGGGAAGCAGGGGCCUGAGGUCCACACAGAGUCCCUGGCUCCCAGCCAGGGCCUAGGAAGGAAACAGAAUGAAGAACUACAGUUCAAGGCACAAGACAGCACAAUGCAGUGGUACCAGCAGCUACAGGAUGUUGCCAGUCAGUGUGUGUUGGCCUUUGAGGGACUGACCAGCAGCAAAGACAGUCAGGUCAGAAAGAUAAAGAUGGACCUCCAGAAGGCUGCCACCAUCCCAGUGAGUCAAAUCUCCACCCUAUCAGGCUCAAAGCUGAAGGAGGUCUUUGACAAGAUCCACGACCUACUCUCUGGAAAAUCUGUUCAGUCUGGUGGACGCUCCGGGUCUGUCGCACUUCACCCACAGGGCCUGGACUUUGUCCAGUACAAACUGGCAGAGAAAUUUGUGGUGAGAAACCUUAUUGCCAGAGGAUGCUUGGCUACCAAGUGGAGGAUUCCAAGGUGGAACAGCACAGCGGAUUUCUGAAACGCAUGUCUGGGAUGAUCCGUCUGUAUGCUACCAUCAUCCAGCUCCAGGGGCCAUAUGAGAGCCAACAGGAGGUAGCUGACCAGGCCUCCUGGCAGUGAUGAGAGUCAGCCCUCAUUCUCGUGUUCUAGCUAAAGCAGAUACUCUAUCCAGUGAGUCCUCCAGAGAGGGCAGUCUAGUUGCAUGUUAAGCUAAAGGAUAUUCUGGCUUCAUAGGUAUUCUCUAAAGAAGUUCUUGUUAAUUAUUAGGAAACUUUUGGAUCAUUAGAGCCAUUUGUUCAAGGACUAAUUCAUGUAAGACCCUAAAGAAAUGGGUUUGUAGAAGAGGCUGUUGGACAAGAGUAACUUAAAUCAGUCAUUAAGGUUAAAGAUUUUAUUAGAAGAAGUGUGAGCAAGAAAGUGUCAUAUUAGACCCAGUUGGGCCUUAGAGGUCAUCUAGGUCAUGUCCUCACUGAUGAACAGAUGGAGGCUUAGCAAGCCACAGGGAUCCACACUGUCAAGGACAGAGCCAGGGCCCUAUUCUUUCCCCAGGAUACAGAUUAGAGAUGAAGAAGUUAAUAGACUUGGAGAUGUGAAGAGAAAGGAGUAAAAUUGGAUAGGGUUUUUUGGUUUAACACCCCAUCCAAGUAGUCAUAGAGAAAUGAUGUCUGCAUGGUCUGGAUUUUCCAAAACAGUGCUGAUUUGAAAUACUAAGUAUUUAAAAUUUGGUUAGACAAUAUCACAAUAACUAUAGACUACAUCUUUCCAGGGACUAAAAUGCAGUAUUUAUAUCCACUUGUGAGAUGUGAUAAUGAAGGCAUGAGAUUUUAGGUACUGAAUUUGUAAAAGAAAACAUCACACAUAA